CGGAAACCCGUGGUUACGCGCGAAGAGUAAUAAGCUCUAAAAAUAAAACUCGUUUAAAAAAAACCUUAAUAUAACAUAAUAAGCUACUGUGAAUUAAAACGAAGUACAGAAAAGUUUCAAAUAAAAAACAGUCUUUUGAAAAAUUUUCAAAGUUGAGAUGAAAUUGUUAUUACGCCACUUACAUGUUUUAAUGUUUUUAACUGUGUUACGAGGUUGCCAAGCGGACGAGAAUGAAGCUCGUUUAAUGAGACACUUAAUGGCAAACUACGAUGCAGCCGUCAGGCCGGUUGAGAACUCCUCUCUACCUUUGACUGUGAUUUUUGGGAUUUCUCUUCAUCACAUCAUCGACGUGGACGAAAAAAAUCAGAUCCUGACGACAAAUUGUUGGAUAACUCAGGCUUGGAUAGAUCACCAUUUACGGUGGAACUCGUCCGAAUUCGCCGGAAUUAAAGUUAUCCGAAUCCCUUAUACCCGAGUCUGGAGACCGGAUCUUAUCCUGUACAACAACGCCGACCCUCAGUUCCAGUCGUCUGUUAUUAACACGAAUGUGAUCGUAUCCAGUUCCGGAGAGGUCCUGUGGUUAAGCCAUGGUAUAUAUCGCUCGUCCUGUGACAUUAACGUGGAGUACUUCCCAUUUGAUCUGCAAAGCUGUCAUAUGAAAUGGGCUUCGUGGACUUACGAUGGAUAUCAGGUGGAAUUGGCAAAGCAGACCGAAGAGGGUGAUGUCAGCAACUAUCAAGCUAACGGUGAAUUCGACUUGAUUAGUUUUUCCUCGACCAAACACGUCGAAUUCUACUCUUGCUGUCCAGAACCAUAUCCUGAUAUUACGUAUACGAUUAAGUUGAAGAGGCGUCCAUUAUUUUACGUUUUUAACUUAAUCUUACCCUGCAUUCUAAUCAAUGGCAUAGCACUUUUGGUCUUUUAUGUUCCUUCGGAGUCGGGUGAAAAGGUAACCCUUGGGAUAAGUGCGUUGCUUUCAAUGACAGUUUUUCUAAUGACUAUACGAGAAACUCUGCCACCAACUGAGAAAACCCCAUUAAUUAGUAUGUAUUACGGGGUGAGCAUCUGUCUAGUUUCCUUCGCGUCAGGUCUAUCCGUGGUGACUCUGAACAUAUAUCACCGUGGAGUUCGAGGUUCGGCUGUCCCAAAAAUCAUACGUACGGUCGUUUUGGAUAAAUUGGCCCCACUUGUCUUUAUGCGCUUCGAAACCAACAACCGACAUCGAAAUUCACAAAUACAGGAAAUAAACCCCCAAACCGGAACCAGACUGGACUGUCCAUGGCCUUGGGCCGAUAAACUGCCUCAGGAGGACGGAUAUUGCCUGCAACAGCAACAAAGGUCGCCUAGAUUUGUCCCAAAACACAAAGUAGAAGACUUAGAUGCAUUCGAGAACCAGAUAAUAAGAAUUCUGAACAAAGUCCACGCCAGCAUAGACAGAAACGAGCAGCGGCUGAGCGAACAGGACAGAAGAGAGCUCACCGAAUUGGAGUGGAAGCAAGCGUCCAUUGUAUUGGACCGGCUCCUGCUGGCCGUAUUUUUGCUCAUCACCAUCAUCAGCACCACGACGAUAUUAUGCAGGAGUCCUGCCAAUGAUACGGCCUCUUAGUGCAUUUCGAGCGAGUUCCGAACGGACAAACAUCGAUCAUCGUCGAAGGUCUGAGGUUCGAUAGCGCGAGGGCAUCUUUGAAUUUUUCUUCCAUUUUAGCCGAAUAAUGUUCUGUGUUCAGAUGCGAGAGGGUGGGCGAAACCAACGAAAAGGGUUAUCAAUUUACGUAACAAUACAUUAUUGGUUGUAUCAAUGUGAUAAUUUUAAUGAUAAGACAUAGUUGUGUAUCCGUACAAUAAUUCGUAGGUGUACAUAAGUUUAGUCAGUAAACGGACAGAAAUAUAAAAGGGUCACGCCAGCUGCUUCUCAAUGGCUCAGAAUUGUAAGGAGUGGACAAAAAUCAAAUUAUAGAAAAUGUUUUUAAUUUUUCAAAAAAUAGAAAAAUAACAGACUAAUCAAAAUUUCAGAAAAAUGUUAUUCUUUCGCAAGCAUAAUGGUGAUUAUGAUAAUGGUAAAAUAAACGAAAUUGAAUAAAUAA